GGGCCCGGUCGCGAUUGCAACCCCUGCGACCUCUAUAGCUACGCCACUGCCUACAGUCACCGUCCUCUGACAUAUAGACUAUUAUACAGAUUUACUCAUUUAUCUCGGUUUUAUCCAGACAUAUAUUAGCCUGCAACAGCCCUGAUCAUGUGACUCCUCCCCUCCAUGUGACUGAUCACCUGACUGUGACAUCAUCGCAGGUCCUGUUAGUACACUUCCUGUAUUGCUCUGAGGAAGGAGCUUAUGAAUCAGGGAGAAGAUAUGAACAAUAUGAAUGUUCCAGAGACCUGUGUGAGCGGUAACGAUCAGUAUAAGGAAGACAUUCCUACAGGGAAAGUUGUGAACUAUAUUAAUGCUACAGACAUAAAGGAAGAAGAAGAAGAGACAGAUGUGAGUGGUGAUAAGCGGUAUAAGGAGGACAUUCCUACAGGGAAAGGUUUGAUCUAUAUUAAUACUAAAGGCAUAAAGGAAGAAGAAGAAGAGACAGAUGUGAGCAGUGAUGAGCAGUAUAAGGAGGACAUUCCUACAGGUAACAGUCUGAUCUAUAUUAAUGCUACAGACAUCAAGGAAGAAGAAGAGACAGAGGUGAGCGGUGAUAAGCAGUUUAAGGAGAAAAUUUCUACAGAGAAAGAUCUGAUCUAUAUUAAUCCUACAGACAUAAAGGAAGACAAAAAAGAAAAGGACAAUGGAAGCAGUGAUGAGCAGUAUAAGGAGGAAAUUUCUACAGGAAAAGAUUUGAUCUAUAUUAAUGCUACAGACCUAAAGGAAGAAGAAGAUACAAAUGUGAGGGGUAAUGAGCAGUAUAAGGACAUUCCUACAGGGAGAGAUCUGCUCUAUAUUAAUGCUACAGACAUAAUAGUGAAAGAAGUAGAAGACACAGAUGUGAGUGGUGAUGAUCAGUAUAAGGAGGACAUUCCUACAGGUAACCGCCCAGAUGACUGUACCAGGAGAUCAGAGGAGAAUCUUAUAUCUUCAGAUUAUAAAGCAGAUGAUGAUAUCACACAAGAUACAUAUGAAGAACAUUCCAUUAUCCCAGAUACACCCUCAGCCCUUCACAGCCAAGAUCUCUCAUCUCAUCCUGUUAUACAAAUCACAUCUAAUGAUAUAUCACAGGGUUUCAAGGAGAAGGAGAAGCCAUUUUCAUGUACAGUAUGUGGGAGAUGUUUUACUGUGAAACCAUCUCUUGUUAAACAUCAAAGAAUUCACACAGGAGAGAAACCAUUUUCAUGUCUAGAAUGUGGGAGAUGUUUUAUUCAGAAAUCAGAUCUUGUUAAACAUCAAAGAAUUCACACCGGAGAGAAGCCAUUUUCAUGUUCAGAAUGUGGUAAAUGUUUUUCUUACAAAUCAAAUCUUAUUCAACAUAAAAAAAUCCACACAGGAGAGAAGCCAUUUUCAUGUCCAGAAUGUGGGAAAUGUUUUGCUUCUAAAUCACAUCUUGUUAUACAUCAAAAAAGUCACAAAGGAGAGAAGCCAUUUUCAUGUGAAAAAUGUGGAAAAUGUUUUACUCAGAAAUCAUCUCUUGUCAGACAUCAUGUUAGUCACAUACGGGAGAAGCCAUUUUCAUGUGAAAAAUGUGGAAAAUGUUUUACUCUGAAUUCAGCUCUUGUUGAACAUCAAAGAACUCACACAGGAGAGAAGCCAUUUUCAUGUUCAGAAUGUGGGAAAUGUUUUACUCUGAAUUCAAUUCUUGUUGAGCACCAAAGAACUCACACAGGAGAGAAGCCAUUUUCAUGUUCAGAAUGCGGAAAAUGUUUUACUCUGAAAUCUGUUCUUGUCAAACAUCAAAAAAUUCACACAGGUGAAAAGCCAUUUUUAUGUUCAAAAUGUGGGAAAUGUUUUACCUAUAAAUCAAAUCUUGUUAAACAUAGAAAAGCUCACAAAAGACAAAUGCCAUUUUCAUGUUCAGAAUGUGGGAAAUGUUUUAAAUAUAAAUCACAAAUUGUUGCACAUCAAAGAAUUCACACAGGAGAGAAACCAUUUUCAUGUUCAGAAUGUGGAAAAUUGUUUACUCUGAAAUCAGGUCUUGAUAAACAUCAAAUAACUCAUACAGGAGAAAAGCCGUUUUCAUGUGGAGAAUGUGGGAAAUGUUUUACUGAGAAAUCAUAUCUUGUUGCACAUGUAAGAAUUCACACAGGGGAGAGACCAUAUUCAUGUUCAGAAUGUAGUAAAUAUUUUGCUCAGCAAUCAAUACUUAUCAGACAUCUAAGAAUUCACACAGGAGAGAGGCCGUUUUCUUGUUCAGAAUGUGGAAAACAUUUUACUCAGAAACCACAUCUUAUUAAACAUCAAAUAACCCACACAGGAAAGAAGCCAUUUUCAUGUUCAGAAUGUGGGAAAUGUUUUACUGAGAAAUCACCACUUAUCAAACAUCUAAGAAUUCACACAGGAGAGAAGCCAAUUGAGAGCAAUAAAUAAUGCAGAUAACACAUCUAUAUAUUAUCCAUGUACAUAGGAUAUCUGACAUUUAUACAUAUAUCAUAUACUGCAUCUCCAAACUUGUUCCCAAUUGUUAAUAAAAGUUUUCUUUUAGAACGUAGUCACCGAUCCAGCGAUGUCAUCACUAUAGUUUACAUGGUAGGAAAAGAGUGUGAUAUAUGGUUGUGAUAUUCACUGCUCCUCAUGGAGAAGACCCAACAGGCAUAAUCCAUGGGGAGCUGCUACUGGAGACCCAAACACCUCAGAGAGAAGGGACUUAUUCCAGUGAUGAAGAAUUCCAGGACAUGACCAGAUUAGAGACACAAAAUCACUUCUAUCUUCUGGCUUCUAGGACAUUAUUCUGAUGGAAGAACUUUACACAUUAUAAAAAGUCCUAUAGGUGUUGGGGAACAUUUAUAGACAAUUGUUGGCCCCGGCUGUCAUGGCGUACCAUAGAAGAUGAAUGAAUAUCGCUCCAUAGUGUAUAAUAUCCAAGACAGAAUAAAUACAACAUCUCUUACCACAGGUAGUUGUGCAUCGUACACAACAAUGGUGAGAUUGUGUUUGGAUGUAACAAGGGCCCUUCUGCAGCCUUUCUGCUCCAGAGAAUAGGAAAACAAAGAACUGUACUUCAUAAGACAAC